UUUUUCGCAGACUGGGAUCCCACCACCAGCUUAGCCGAGCAGGCCAAGAGGCUGGUAACAGACCGCCUGUGUCGGGGAAUCACCCUUGGACAGCUGCUGGACGACCAGCGUGAAUGCCUGCGGGGAAGCCCAACAAAAACAAUGCUGUGGUUGUUCCACAUGUUCAUGAUCAGAGAGAUCAAGAACCGAUUCGAUAUGGCCAGGCCUGAAUAA